AUGUUGGACGAAACAGGAGGAGUUAGUCACUUCUGCGGCAGCUUCGUAUAUCGCUCUCGUGCUGUUGUCAUGGAGACGAUGGGCUCAACGGAACUGGUGGAGUGCGGAGUGAACCAAUCAGUGUGUGGGUUUGAGGCACGGCGCACCAAUUGGAAUUUGCCUUUGGAGAUUGGCGCUCCCUGUUUCUGCUGUGGGCGGCUGCUGACUGCUUCGAUGGCUGACUGCAUGGUUGCUUGGCCGAUUGAGCUAUAUGGCGGAGUUGAUAGACUUUGCCUCAACCUACCCUUGCCCCAUUGCCUCGCACAGAGCUGA